AUGACACAGCUUGAGACAGUGAUGACACAAGAGUUUGUUGGACAGCAGUUGAUUCUGCUAGCAGGGUGUCUAGACACUUCUGAAGAGGGUGGAAGGAAGCGCAUGGUGGCAGUGCUGCAAGAGAUUCUUAUUCUGCCCAACACGUCCAUCUCUCUGAUUUGUCCUCUUUUGGAGAAACUGAUUGCUAAUAGAAAGAAGGCUGAGGCCCAUCUAACUGGCGGGGGUCCACCUCCACCUCCUCUCACCCCAUCUGAGGAGUUGGCUCUUUCACUUAAUAAAAGUCGCCCUGUGGUCGAUGGUAUUCCAGAGGGAACUUCGUCAGACUUUGCUACCUCCCACAACAACUCAAGUGACUUGGUACAAUUUGCUGAUGGACGCAUUGUAUUAUUGGAUCCUCCUGAAACCACACGGUCUGUCACAAUUACUGAUGAUGAAGAGACCACAUCUGCUGUGACUGAAUUAGAAAGUGCUGGGAGACCCACAGAGAAUCUAGCUGGGGAUGUACAUGCAGAUGAGGGUCCAUCUACCUCUACACAUAAUCUAAGCAGUGAGCUGUAUAAGGUCCGUCUAUUAAGGCAAAUAAAAAAAACUGACAUGGACAUGGACCUUAUACAGCUUCAGCUGGAGGAGAAAAGGCUGGCCAUUAAAAAGGCCAAACUUGAAAUAGAACUACUGGAGCAUCGCCUUAAGGAUAUGAAGAAAUAGAACGUCUCGGGUUACAAGUGUAACCCUUGUUCCCUGAAAAAAGCGGAACGAGAUGCUGCGGGGAACAACUCUAGCUGUGAACC